CUCAUCCAAACCUCAAUCACGUAUGAUUGCGUAGAGCGAGAGAAAUAGAAAGGUGAGCCCAUUCACGUCACACAUCCAUACGGAACGCAUUGGAAAUAAUUAUUUAGGCUACACCAAUCGUUUUGUAGGCAAUAAGAAAACAGGCGUUUUAUAGCCUACCUACGGACAAUAUUAACAACAAAACGCAUAUUUGUUUUCUUUCAUCAUAAUAGCCCAAUCACCAUGUUGCUGCUGCAUUCUCGCAGACCUUUAUCUUUCCCCGACAGUGCUCGGAGGGUAUGCAACUGGUAGAGGGGCUGGCACAAAUGCCCGGAGUCUCGAGAGUGAGUGGGGCAGCCAAAUUGACAGCCGCCUACCUCUUGUCGCCUCUCGAUUCGGCGUUGUAUUUGGCUUAAUAAAUUGAAAGUUUGAGGUGUUGCAUUAACGCAGCUGUUGAUACAAUUGUUUACAGUGAAGUUUAAGGUGUCUCGAAUGCAUUAUGGUGCUGGAUAUUUUGCCACUUACCGAAAUUCCGUGCAAAUGAGGAUUGUACAGAGGGGACAGUCGAUCUUGUCAGAGUUGGCGCUAUUCAACUGGAAUACCUGAGAUUCAAUUUUGUGCACGCACGCUCCGACAACAAACUUAUUUACCACUGUUGUAUAUUUUUUGAAUAGCCUACAUUUUGUAGCCAAGCUUUUAGCAGUGCGUAAAUUGUUAUAUGUUUUAUGAGUCAACGGCAUUUGAUGCUUUCCCUGGAAGUAUCGUUCCCCAAGAGGAUGCAGUCUAAAGCCCGAUGAUGCGCUGGACUUGGUGGAUCGGAAUGACAUUUGAGUAAACCCCCGUGGACCGUAAAUUCGAUUUUUUUCCACCCGGUUCUUUUUGCACCAAACAGCCAUCAAACAGUCGCACACAACUCGACCUCUGUCCAACGACUCUGGGCUCGGUUUCGGUUCGGCUCGCCCGCGAGGGAGAUGGCCGCAAUCGCCAGCUCCUUGAUCCGACAGAAACGCCAGGCGAGGGAGUCGAACAGUGACCGGGUCUCCACUACUAAACGGCGCCCCAGCCCCAGCAAAGACCCUCGUUCCAUAUGCGAGCGGCAUUUCUUGGGGGUCUUCAGCAAAGUCCGUUUCUGCAGUGGCAAGAAAAGACCAGCCGCUCGGCGGCGACCAGAUGCACCCUCCAAACCUCCACAGGUGUCCCGUAAGGGCGGCAGGCUAGAGCCGCAGCUGAAGGGCAUCGUGACACGGUUGUUCAGCCAGCAGGGCUUCUACCUGCAGAUGCAGCAGGACGGCUCUAUCGAUGGCAGCAAGGACGAGAACAGUGACUACACCCUGUUUAAUCUAAUUCCUGUGGGUCUGAGGGUGGUGGCCAUCCAAGGGGUGAAGGCCGGCCUCUACAUCGGAAUGAACGGAGAAGGAUUCCUCUACAGCUCAGAAAUGUUCACGCCGGAGUGCAAGUUUAAGGAGUCGGUGUUUGAGAAUUACUACGUGAUCUACUCGUCCACUGUGUACCGGCAGCAGGAGUCCGGUCGGGCCUGGUUCCUAGGCCUCACCAAGGAAGGUCAGGUCAUGAAGGGGAACAGGGUCAAGAAAACCAAGCCCUCCUCACACUUUGUCCCCAGGCCCAUUGAAGUGUGUAUGUACAGGGAGCCGUCACUGCAUGAGAUCGAGGAGAAACAGCGCUCCAGGAAGAGCUCAGGGACUCCCACCAUGAACGGAGGGAAAGCUGUCAACCAGAACUCCUAGCAGCAGGGCCCCAAGGGUGGGGGGCCACUAGGGGGGCCUGCCCCCCCCUCUCUUAAAUAGAGGGGGAGGGGCUACAGACCCCCCUCACCACCAUGCCCUCUGAAGGGAUGGACCACCACGAGGGGGAGGAGCUACACCCAAGAUGACAAAAAACUGAACUCUUGCCUGUGAAAAUCUUUUAGACGAAUAUCAAGAUAAACCCAGAGGAAAACAAAAAAACAACAACAAACAUUUUCAAUCAGGAGUUGACCUACGUUUUAUGCAAAAAAGAAAAAAAAAGCUGUGACAAAGGAAUGGUGGUCUCUUCACAAUACAAAUAUCUAUCGUUUCCAAUUUAAGCUGUGAAAAAUGAGCUUUAAAGACGUUCAAUUUCCCAUGCAUUGAUUUUAUGAAUGCUAGGGCACCCUCACAUGCUUAAUUGUGUUACUGUUGUCCAAUAAUAACAAUAUUACUUAUGUGUUGAUAACUCUUCAUCCCAAUUUAAUAUCAUGGGUAUUCUGUUUUUUGUUUGAGACUGUAGACAUUUGAAAAAUUGUUGGUGUUUUUUAUUGCUUGACAGUGAAUGCACUUUCACACUGCAUACACUUGUGUGAGGGUAAAGAA